GUUCGUGAGUGCGAGGCAUAGCUGAGGGGUUUGUUCGGUUGGGGCCUGUCGUUCGUUUUCCAGUUGCUUUACUUAGAGUGGCCCGGGUUCCACAAAGUCUUUGUUGUUUCUUAAUUGUUUGUUGCUCCACGAUGAAGAGUACAAGCUGCAGUAUUGGAACGUAAGCGAAUCGCAGCUGGUUCCAUCGAUUUUAUAUGCAUCAAUUUUGUCAACGAUCCAAGGGUGUAAUCACGGACCAGUCGUGAACUAUGCAGCGCGGGCAGCCCAAGAAGGACGCGAAGAUGAGAAUCAGGGCAUUCCCUAUGACGAUGGAUGAGAGGUAUGUGGAGGGAAUCUGGCAUAUCCUGAAGAAUGCCAUCCAAGAGAUCCAGAAGAAAAACAACAGUGGGCUGAGCUUUGAAGAGCUGUACCGCAAUGCCUACACCAUGGUUCUUCACAAGCAUGGUGAACGUCUGUAUACUGGACUGAGAGAUGUGGUGACACAACACCUGGAAACCAAGGUCCGAGGUGACGUACUGAAGUCACUGAACAACAACUUUCUGGCGACACUUAACCAGGCUUGGCAUGACCAUAAAACAUCCAUGAUCAUGAUCAGAGACAUCCUGAUGUACAUGGACAGAGUUUAUGUGCAGCAGAACAAUGUUGACAAUGUGUUCAACUUGGGACUCAUCCUGUUCAGGGAUCAGAUUGUCAGAUAUGGUGGAAUCAGAGACCACCUGAGGGACACACUUCUUGAAAUGGUCAUGAGAGAGAGGAGAGGGGAGGUCAUUGACAAACUUGCUGUGAAGAAUGCAUGCAGCAUGCUGAUGGUUCUUGGUGUAGAAAGCAGGGCUGUAUAUGAGGAGGACUUUGAGAGACCCUUCCUGCAGCAGUCAGCUCAGUUCUACAGGAUGGAAAGCCAAAACUUCCUGGCAGAGAACUCUGCCUCAGCUUACAUCAGGAAAGUGGAGGCACGAAUCAAUGAAGAAGCUGAACGUGCAUCCCACUAUCUGGAUGAAUCAACUGAGGCUCACAUUGUUGAGGUGGUUGAGGAAGAGCUCAUCAAAAAGCACAUGAAGACCAUUGUUGAAAUUGAGAACUCUGGGGUUGUGCACAUGCUGAAGCACCAGAAAACUGAUGACCUGGCAUGCAUGUACAAGCUCCUGUCAAGAGUACAGGAUGGGCUGAAAACACUGGCUGACUGUGUGUCAGCAUACCUUCGGGAACAAGGCAGAGCACUUGUGGCUGAGGAUCCAGCAUAUGGUGGAAAAAAUGCUAUCACCUAUGUGCAGAGCCUGCUGGAUCUGAGGGAUGUGUUUGAUCACUUCCUGAAAAACUCAUUCAACAAAGACAAGAUGGUGAAACAGCGCAUCGCCUCAGACUUUGAGUACUUCCUCAAUCUCAACAACAAGUCCCCAGAGUACCUGUCACUCUUCAUUGAUGACAGGCUUAAGAAGGGUGCCAAGGGUGUCACUGAACAGGAGAUUGAGGCCAUCCUGGACAAGACCAUGGUCAUAUUUCGAUUCCUGCAGGAAAAGGAUGUGUUUGAGCGCUACUACAAGCAGCACCUAGCCAAGAGGCUGUUGCUCAACAAGUCGGCAAGUGAUGACAACGAGAAGAACAUGAUCUCCAAACUCCGCACCGAGUGUGGAUGCCAGUUCACGUCCAAGCUGGAGGGUAUGUUCAAGGACAUCACUGUCUCUAACACCAUCAUGGAAGAGUUCAAGCAGCACGUGCUAUCGGGCAACGCCCACCCGUUCGGCAUGGUUGACCUGACCGUGCGCGUGCUGACGACCGGCUUCUGGCCAACGCACUCCGGUAACAUCAAGGUGGAAAUCCCGCGCAAGCCGGCUGCCGCCUUCGAGACGUUCCGCAAGUUCUAUCUGGCUAAGCACACGGGUCGUCAGCUGACGUUGCAGGCGCAGUUGGGCUCUGCCGAUCUCAACGCCGUGUUUUACGGGCCCUUCAAAUCGGACGACUCGUCGACGGACCUGGCCAUCGCGGGCGCGUCGUCGUCGGCGCUGCUGGCGGCCGGUACGCGCAGCCCGCGCCGCCACAUCAUUCAGGUGUCUACCUUCCAGAUGAGUAUCCUCAUGCUCUUCAACGACCGCGAGCGGCUGACCUACGAGGAGAUCCGCAACGAGACCAACAUCCCCGACAAGGACCUGCUGCGCGCGCUGCAGUCGCUUGCCGUCGGCAAACCGACGCAGCGCAUCCUGGUCAAGCAGCCCAAGACCAAGGAGAUCGAGCCGAGCCACGUCUUCAGCGUCAACGACGCCUUCACGUCCAAGCUGCACCGCGUCAAAAUUCAGCUGGGCGUGGCCAAGGGCGAGUCAGAGCCGGAGCGGCGCGAGACGCGCAGCAAGGUGGACGAGGACCGCAAAUACGAGAUCGAAGCGGCCGUGGUGCGCAUCAUGAAGGCGCGCCGCACGCUGCAGCACAACGUGCUGGUGGCCGAGGUCACUGAGCAGCUCAAGUCGCGCUUCCUGCCGUCGCCGGUCGUCAUCAAGAAGCGCAUCGAAGGCCUCAUCGAGAAGGAGUACCUGGCGCGUACGCAGGAGGACCGCAAAGUGUACACGUACGUGGCUUAGGCGGCGGACGCGCGAGGCUGUGCUGCCGCCGUGGUGCGCGCGUCGUGCAGGUGCCGACGCAGCGGGUCACUGGCGCCAUGCGAGCACGGGACGGCCAGAGUGCGGGAUGAGGUCGUCCUCCACGGGAGCGAGCGCGAACGAAAGUCAAAAUCGCCGCCGCCUACAGCUGAUUGUGCUUCUGUGCCCAAAUUCGAUUGGCGUAAGCUGCACUGGCAUGUGCUUCGUUCCGUCGAAUUCACGUGUUUUUGGGUUGUGAGGCAUUUGACCUUGCGGAACGCCUGCAUGUAAAUAUAUUUCGCGUAACAUAUUAUCCGCGGAUGAGGAAUGGAGUGUGGAUAAUUGAAUAGAUGAAAUUUAUCAGUU